GCGCCUGCUCUGCCAACCUUGAAGCCUCAGGACAGCCCAGGCCUCCACAACAUGCUGGCUUGGCACAUUGCGAAGCUAGUCCGCCUUGGCGCCUCUGGACAUGGAGUCUUGCGGAGGGGGUGUAAUCCCAGGCUGGCACUGGGCAGCCUGCAGCUGGGGAGCUGCUUCAGUUACACCCAGAAGCUUCACAAUGUCCCUGCAGAAAAGGGCUCUCCGGACAAAGUGAGGCUACAUUUUAUUAACCGGGAUGGAGAGAAAUACUCAGUCACAGCCAAAGAAGGCGAAAGUCUGCUGGAGGUGGUGAUAAAUCAAAACAUUAACAUCGAUGGCUUUGGUGCGUGUGAGGGCACUCUGGCCUGCUCCACUUGCCAUCUUAUCUUCGAGAAAGCCGCGUUUCAACAACUGGGUGAGAUCAGUGAUGACGAGCUGGACAUGCUAGACUUGGCCUAUGGGCUGACUGACACGUCUCGUCUCGGCUGCCAGGUGUGUGUAAAGAAAUGGAUGGAUGGCCUGACCGUCCAGGUGCCCACAGAAGUCUCCGACAUCAGGACAGAACUGGAAGUAGAAAAGAAGAACCAGCAGUAGCCGAAGUGCAUGAUGUGCCAUGCAAAUAUUAUCACAAUCCUGUUAAAAGCAGGAUGGUCCUUGCUUUCCUUAUUGAAAACAAGCUCACUCUAGACCAGUGUUUCUCAACCUUAGCAACUAAUUCUGGGAGUUGAAGGCCACACAUCUUACAGUUGCUAAGGUUGAGAAACACUGCCCUAGGCCAACCAAACCCCAUUUCCAAGUUCACAUAACUUGCUCUGCCCAACAAAUUCAAGCAUACUGUGGCUUAAUAUAACAGCUUAGAUCACAAAUACAUGGAAAGAAUCACUGGGUCAGCACAGCCCACUUAACCAUGCACAACAAAGCUUCAUUUAAGCCCUAGUUUAGGUUGUUGUGCAAAGCCAGCCCCUGAAAGGGGUUUCGUGUCCAAAACCUGCAGCUUCAAGCAACAAACCUGAACUGGGAUAAAAAUCGGUGAUCUGUGGCGCUCACCUCUGACAUAGAAAGACUACUGUACAUUUGUUGCUUCCAAGGAA